AUGGAUGAGAAGCAGUUAAAAGCAAGCUUAAGGAAGUAUUUCGGAGAGACAGCAGCAAAAAUAACCAAAGAAACAACCGAAGAUGAGAUCAAACGCAUUUAUGCUGCACGGUCAGCAACAUAUGACGAGGUACUACAAAAUAGUAAAAUAAUAAUAAUAAUGGUCUGGGGGACCAUGUGGCACAUCGCCAUUUGACCCACCGGACACUUGAUCCAUUAUUCAGGGCUGCGUUUCUCGAAUGUUCCAGUACUACUGGAACAUUCGGGUCCCGCUGCAACAUUCCUAGAUCCCAAUUGAGGGAAUAAUAGUGCAGUCUUAGUAUAGGUAAUCAUAUGAUUUCGAGUACAAUUUGGAAUAAAUGAGCAUUAGUUAAUUUUUCAAAGACUAACCGUAAAGUUACCGGAGCUCUCGAGGAAAAGGUGCCCAAGGCGACACUAGACUACUGUUGUAGUUAUCGAACAACUAAUCUUAAUAACCAGCUUGAACUUUCUCAUCAUAUAGGAACAUUCAGCGGCGCACACUUCAUAUUUCAAGCCACUAGCCGAAUCUUUGCAUAACGCCCUUAAAGAAGUUAAACAGGACAAACCAAAGGAUCAGAUCAAAAUCAUUGACGUUGGAGCUGGGACAGGGCUUAUAGGAGUUGAGCUCAAGAAACUCGGAUACACCAAUCUAUGUGCUUUGGACAUCUCAGCUGAGAUGUUAAAGGAAGCAAAGAAAAAAGAGGUCUAUACUGAGUUCAUCUGUACGUCUUUGAACGGGCAGCCGAUACCUCAGAUUGAAUCUGGGCAAUUCGAUGCUUUGAUUUGUGGUGGGGCGCUCAUUGCAGGGCUUAUCGGCUCCUCUGCUUUCGUGGAGAUGAUAAGAAUGGUUCAAACUAGUGGGUCUUUCGUAGGAGUUUACCGAGGCACAAGCAAGGAUGUCUUCGGGGAGUCUGUUCUGUGGCUAACUGUUGGACUUGAUGCUAAAGAAUCAUUUAGUCGCGGUUUCAAAGCAAUCUCUUUUUGAAUCUUUCAAACGCUGUAAAAAAAGAAACAAUUACAACAAAAACGGACACUAGCCUUUAAACAUUAUUCUUUGAUAAACCUUUGAGGGAAUAAUAAUGUUUUUAAGCAAAAAUGAAAAAAAAAAGGAUCAUUUUAGAUUGAAGACAUAUCAGGAUUUUAAAAAAGGAAAAAACGUUUAAAAUCCUAUCAAAAGUUUUUUGCUAGGUUGUUUUUGUUUUUUGAAAACUCAAACCGUGAGAUGGAUCAGGUAGUGAAGACUCACCUAACACCCUUCUAGAUAAAUUCCCUUAACUUCUGGCAUCUGACCCGUAAAUCUUCUUCUAGGGUUAAAUGUUCUCUCUGCAAAUUCGUUUAAAGAAUUUCUUGAUAUAUCAAGAUCACGCGCUCAAGCUGGUCUCUUCAACUUCUCUUUGGAUGAUAUUACAGUUUAUAGGUUAACCCUUUAACUCCCAUGGGUGACCGAGACAGACUUUCUCCUUACAGUAUCAAUAUGAUAUCAAGCAGACAAGUAAUGGGAAAACAAAAGAAGAUGUCAAUGAGGGUAUUAUUGGUUAGUCCUACACCAAAUUCUCCUAACUAACAUCAUAGGAAUUAUAUGACAGACAUUAAAGAGAAUUACUAAAGAGAUCUUAGGAGUAAAAGGAUUAACCAACUCUGUGAGUUAAAUCUAAUAAAUACAUGGACAAAUAGGAAAAAGGAUGGAAAUUUCCCAUGAUAAGACCUUACAAGAUGCGCACUAAAUUCCUAUGUGAACUUCUUUGCAGAUGGCGUCCUCUGUUUCAAUAUGAGGAAAGAGGAAUUAGAACACUAUCAAGAAAUGAUGACAGAGCUGGAGAAAGAUGGCGAUUGGAUAUGCAUGUGUAAAGAGUCUUCGCCUUUCUAUGCAGCCGAGGACAUGCCCAGUAAAUGCUGGGGGUUCGUUUACAAAGUUUCGAAGAACUAAGAAACAUGUAUCAUGGCAUUUACGCCUAACUUAUCUAGGCCAUACAUAUCAUUUCCUGAUAUGAAAAAUUUCGAAAAUAUAGAUGCCUUUUUAAAAAAGUUAAAAAAUUUAGAGCCAAGACGGAGAAGAAACUGCUUAUCCACUUAACAACUCAGGGGUCUUAGUAUUGACUGAAACAUUCAACACAAACUCAAAACUUGUUUUAGAAGCACAAAUCUAACACAACCCUUGGUUUUUAUUUGACUUCCACCAUAAAAAUAAAAAUAAGAGGGGAUUUUACAGCUUAUCUCCGAAAGACGAAAGACCUCUGAAACCUUCCGAAAGGUUUCAGCAUCGUGGAGUUCUCUAUUUUGAAAAUAGAGCUAUUUCUAAUUUCGGUUUUUCUUCGCUCGACACCAGAAAGCUGUAAAAUAUGAGCUAUUGUGUGACAUUUUAUUCCCUGAGCAUAGGAAAGAUUAGAAAACGUGUUUAGAUGAAUGUUAGCAAUUUCAAAAUCGAUAACUAAUCACUUUAGAAGCCAAACAAGACAGCAAAUGUUUGCAUUACUUCAUGGCCGCUACUUGUGUAGUGAUGCCCAUGCAGGUGGGCAUGGGCAUCAACUUGGCGUUCCCAUCCGAAGCGCUGUAAAUUUAUGUCAGUACACUGCGGAGAAGAAACGGAUAUUGGCGAUCCUCGCAGCUAUGAACACUACUGAACGAAUAGCUGAAAUAAGACCCAAAAAAAAUUCAGGCCCGUACGGGAUUUGAACCAUGACCUACGGGCCUAAAUUUUUUUUCAGGUCUUAUUUACACUACUCGUUCAGUAGUGUUUAUAGCUGUGAGUAUCGCUUAUAUCCGUCAUCAGUGGAAAUUGCUACAGACCUGAAACUUGGGAAAUAUUCUAAAAUAGCUCACUCUCCAUAGCAAUCGAGCUAUGAAGACAACGAUGAAAAAAACUAUAACUAGUGAUAAUUAAAGAUUAGCAAAGUGCGUUCGAUCUCUAAUAAAAGUUUUUAUUUUAUUUUUUACCGAUUGCGCAGAGGAAAAAAAAAUUGGUGUCUUUGGCUCAAGGCAGCCAAGAAAACAUUUGCACGUGAGAUCGAGGCUAUUUGUUCCACAUAGCCAAGCCAGCCAGCCAGUCUAAAAUGGUGAUCCCCUUGGGACUAGUCCAUUAAAUCCUUGAGAGUGAUUUCUCCAAAAACGACACGAUUAGUAUGCGUUCUCCUUCGUACAACGCAAUUAUAUGACGAGGCAACAUUUUCUCCCAAGAAUUGACGGCUGCAUGUAAACAUAUAUAUCGUGCGCUUUCAUGCGAACGGAAUCGAAAUGAAGGUGUUCGAUUUCAGGGUAAUAGAGUCUGCACUUAUCAAAUAUUUCAACUGCGUAUAUAAUUACCAAAUUUUUUUGACAAAACUUAACAAGAUUUUGAAACCAAGUGCGUAUGGUACUUUACAAAGUAAAUCUUACAAAUGACAUGGAAUGAAUCCCAUCGUUUACAGUUGUGGUUAAGGUCAUUAGUGUUCUUACCCCACAAGGUAAAAACUGAAGAAAAGACUUUCAAAGUUAAGGUUUUCAACAAACAGUUUAAUGAUCAGGACACCUUCGAGGGCAUCACAGAGUACAUACAAUUGGACUGACUGAGUGAAUUACGUACGUUCUAUCGAAUUGACUGACCCACUUAAAGACAAAAUUAAUCGUCUGCCUGAUUGACUUGCUUAGGGUUAGGGUAAGGGCCAAUCAAGUUUUAACUUACCUCAUAACUCGUUGUACAGGAGCAAGAAUAAAUGAAUUCAAGUCCAUUUUGCCACACUUUGGAUUUUCACGACAUGUCAUCUUAAAAUAAACAAUAAGCAAAUAAAAUGAUUAAAUCUUACGAGAAAAUAGGAGACAAAUCGAUUCUGGGCUAACCGUACUCUGUAAAAAAAUAGUAAAGUACUUGUGAAAUAUUGAAAUUUUACUCUGCGAAGGUCAAGUUACAAAACACAUUUAGGAAUAUUCUUAGCAGCUCUUUUUUCUUCCAAAGGGAUUACAGCAAUGCAGAUACAGCGGUCUUAUAAAUGAAAGAAAUCUCACAACCAGAUUGAAAUGCCUUUGUACCGUAUUUCUUCACUUAUAAGGCGAUCUCGGCUAUAAGGCGAGACCCUAAAAGUUAGAUACCUUACAACAGACUUGUGUUGUCCAAAAAAAAAAAGAAAACCCAUUGGCUAUAAGCCGAAAGCGAAAUUCUUGAUUGAAACCAGUCAUUUGAGUGAGUGAACCUCGCGGAAAACAUUGGGAAAUGGCUCACUGAAAACAAAAGCUAAUGAAUUGAAAUAAACACAAAAGAAAAAAAGCUAACCAGCGAAGAUGUAAAUACUACCACGCGACUGCAGAAACACAACAACAAUCUCAGUUACUGUAACCUGACAAACGUUUCAAUUGAGUAUCUCUUUCGUUGCUAUUUUUUUUUCUCAUCAUACCAAAAGCACGCCGCUCUUCAUAUACUAUGGCUUUCAAUAUAAAAGUUAUCGUGGAAGCUGAGGAAAAAACUCAAAAGUCGCUUGAGAUUAAGGACUUAGCGAGUCCAUGGUGCAACGCUGGAGAAGAGACCAGGUGACUAUUCUUUCUGGUGAGCUUAAGAUGACUGCAAAAGGUGCAAAAAUGGGCCGUUUCACUCCCAAGAACUCCGAACUAUAGACGAGCAAGUGAUGGAGUGGUUUUCACAGCGGAGAGACCAAAAUAUUUCAUGUCGAAUGCGAAAUGAGAAGAGUUUUGCUGAGUUGAGUGAGAUCGUCUUUCAAUGCGUGGGAAGCAAAGAGUCUGAUUGGUGGUCAGAAAUACGUUGUUGUCAUGGCAAUUUUAAAGCAUGUCACUUAAAGAGCGCUACAGUCAGAGAAUUUACCGUCAUUUCGUUUGCAAUUAGACUUUGUUUUUGAAUUCCAAACCCUUGGCUAUAAGCUGAACCUUGUUUCUCUUGGAAAAAUCUACUAAACUUUCGUGUCAAAUACUGAAAAAAUCGCUCGGCUUAUAGGUGAAGAAAUACGGUAAGUGCAGAAUUGAUAUUUGUGUCGUGUUAAUAAAACGUUGGAUAUACGAGGACACUUAACCUGUUUUGAAUAGUAAAAUUUCGUAAGCUUGAAAUAAAUCUACGCUCUCCAAAAAUAUGCUUCCAACGUUAACGUUGGAAAAUUCCUAGAUGUAUUAAAGAAAGAAGAAGUCACUUACAAAGACAACUGAAAUGUGUGUUAGAAAAACAAAAUUUGGCCUUUCAACAUAUGUCAGAUUUAUGCUGUUAUCUUCUAAAGGCAUCUGGGGAUAUACCCUACGGUGUACAUGAAUGACGGAAUCCCACGAAAAAGUGUUCGAGUUAUCAGAACUAGGAUUUGCAUCCAAUUUUGCAAGCUUUCUCUGCAAAUGUUUUAAAAGAUUCUCUGGAUAAACUUGGAAUUAUGACCAGCAUAACUUUUAAACGAUUCUUGACAUAAGGGCGUAACAAGUGGCAGCUCUGUUAUUUACAGUUCUUUCUAGAUUCCUUGAUCUGGCUAAUUCAUGUACGCCUGACACAGUCUGUCACGUGACCCGUUAAUAUGAAAGCCACCUGAACAUCGCAUAAAUUAACGUUAUGAAGGUUAUUCAGGGUCUCUUCACUUCAGAGAACGCCACACUCUUAACUGACAAAUUCCUACUUUGAUGGUGUGCACCGUGGCGGCAGUGGUGUUCCUUCUUGCACUUAACUUAUAUCGCGCCUUGAUGUCAGCAGUAACAGGAUUAUGACACCUUACAGUCCCUAUACAUUUUCUUAGACUAAAAGUCUAAGAAAAUGUAGGGGACUCUCCGGGAUACUUACAGUACAGACGAUUUGCGUCCCCUCAUGGAGCGGCUGUCUAUGGAAAGGAAAAUUUCAUGAGCACGAGCAGCACUUGAAAACGUGUGGAAAAUUUCAAACGGCGUGUGCCAAUGAUGGCUGUAGAGAGAUGGUGGCAAGGGAAAGGAUGGCAGCACACACUGCGCAAUGUGCAAAGCACAAACUCCCUUGCCAGCAGUGCGGUAGAAAAAUUACAAUGGAAUCUUUCGAGGAGCAUACUGCUUCCCUUUGCUCAAAUAAGAGGGUACUAUGCCCACUAAGCUGCGGAACAAGCCUUCCACGGUAAGAUAUUGUCGGUUUAAUUAAGAAAUCAACAGUCAAAUGGUUUUUUUUAAGGCCAACAAAAUAUCCAAAAGUUUCACUAGCCAGCUCAUCCCUGGUCCUUAUUUUGAUUAUUUUACAGGGCUCCACUCAACAGUGCAUUUAAGCGAGUGAUCAGAAAGAGCGGUCCGCUGUGCGGUGACUGGCUGCACUGCCGUAAUAAAGCAGAAGAACAUGCCACAGCACUCGACAAAUGCAGCCGCCACCCACAGUGUUCUGCAGGAAGGGGAGGUCCAGCGUCUGCGGGGCCUGAUGCAUUUCAAGGUGAGACGCUAGAAUUAUAAAAAUAAUGAGAAAAGAUAUCACAUGAACAUGAACUGAACAUUCGGUUUCAUUUCAGAGAGCCAAACGGAGAUGGAUUUUGGAAGAAAGAGGAGUGUUCUCCUUCCGCUGGAGGGGAGAGAAAUGGAAUAACGUGAAGGGGUCACACCUAUUCAGCACUGAGUACAGGUGCCCGAAUGGGAACAGGUGGAGGGCGCAUAUACGAUUUGCAGGACUUUCCUUGGAACUGGUGUCCGCAGUGACGGCAGUGGUAGUAGGAACGAGGUUAGGGACUCGUCUUUAUAAUUAAGGAUAGAUUCUCGCUCUGGAACGCAGUACAGAGGAUAAAUGAUCGCUGCUGAUAAGCCAAAGUACUUACAUUUAGCUGGCGUAUUUUACGACGACUAUCAAUAUCGUAAUUUUUCCAUACAGAAGUGAGGAAAUCUAAAACCAUGUCUCCGAACCUAAAAACUGUUAAAAAGAAAAUCAACUUUAUCAUGAUUCACCACAGAUCAUUAAUGACUUUACGCUUUAUGUCUACAGAAUAGUAUUGAUGCCUGAUUCCUGCGAGGAGAAGGUUUUCCCUUUCCCGGCGAAGGAGAUAAAGGAGGGGGAAGUAGAAGCAAAUAUCCCGCGCUGUGAACUGGAUCACAUGGACCCAGAAGAUAUUAUGAUUGUCAAGUUUGUCUUGACAUAUUAUCUUUUAAAAGAAGACAAGUAAUUUUCCAUUUAUUAACUAGGAGAGGUAUCGAGGUCGCAAAUAAUAACGCAAAAAAUGGAAAUCGUUUAUGCACUAGAACAAAAGACAAUGUGAUAAGCACAGAACAAACUAACAAUGAAAUUUAAGAAGUAUUUUUGAAUGGAAAACAUUUUCAGUACUUUUUCAUUGAGAUCUUCCGCUUUUUUUGCUGUAUGUAAUACCUCUCUUAGCUCCUAUCUGGAACAUUACUUAACUGGAAAAGAUCUCUUCACGCAGUUGUUAAGAUAGAAGCGUGCCGGUGAUGUCAAAGCGUUGUUGUAUUUUAGGGUUAGUAACGAGUGAGGAAUUGAAAAAAUAAAGAGUCUGGAAGCUAACUAACUUUUGAGUUUUCAGUCAGCCUCCAGUUUAGUUUAGUUAUUUACAUUUGAAAAAUACCUCUGGGAAACAGAAGUACACUUACAGGAAAAAUGUUAAAGAUAAUAACGUUAUGGAAGGAAAGAUAGCUACGAGGACAAAUAUUGAAAGCGAUACAAAAAAUGUUUAGGUUUUUUAAGUCAAAUAUGUUUUUUUAAGAAUUUUGGGAAACACACUCGUCAAUUUCCCCCUCUUCAGUAUGAGUAAGCUCGAUUUGUUCGUUUGCUGCGCUGUGUUUCACCUGAUAAUAAAUGAUUUGACAAAUGCAUUUUUCCCCGUUAUCUGAACACCCUUGUCCCACUGUCGCAGACGGUCUAACCGGUUUGGUUACAGAUCAAAGGCAUCCCACACCAAAUAAAAGCCGACACGCAGCCUCGCACCAACCCAGUCUGACACGAAUUUGAAUUUUAAAAAAAACAAAAAACAUAAAAAAAACAAAGUAAAACGAAUAAAAACCUUGCCCUGCAUAACAUGAAUCAAAAAUAGUUUUUUUCUUAACGAAGACUAGUGGGCAGCACAAAGAAAGACGUAUUGUUGUAGUUUCUCCUUUAUUCCAACACGUGUCGCCUCUAGCAUUGGAGAGAAUAUAACUACACAUUCGUUAACCUCAGUUUACUUUCCUAUGUAAGUGAAUCAUAGCUGAAAAAUCCUGUAAACGGAUGUUACAAAAAAAACCGCCUCAAUCUAUUGCGCGUUAUUGUAUUUUGGGGGCCAUACGAUAUUGCGGUGAAUCAAUAAACAAAGACUUUGUUUCUUCAUAACUCUUUUUUAAUUAGGAAGGAAGGUUGGUGAGAUCAACCCAUUUGAAUUGGUGAAUUUCCCACCGUCAGAUGUACGGUCUGCCAAUUUUUUUACGGUAGCUAAUUUGCCAGUCAGAUCUUUCAGUUGAGUCGUUCCUUAUCCAUACAGAUGUUACAAGAAAUGCCUUAAUUUACUGAGCGUUGUUGAAUUUUAGGAGCCGUGCGGUUAGCGCCAAUUGUUGUUACUCAAUAAACAAAGACUUUGUUUCCUCACAACUUGUUAUUAAUUAAGAAAAAAAUGAUCGGUGAGUUCAACAGAUUUGAUCGGGUAAAUUUUCUACCAUUGGAAAUACAAAAAGCUAGCCUAGCACACGCAGAUAAUAUUUACACCAGAUACAAAUAUAUCUUCUAUCCUACAUGGGAGUACAUAACAACCCAAUGUUUUUAUGAAUAAACCUAAAUUGUUAGUAAUCGUCGUUAUAAAUGUAAUUACAAACUGUUCUGUUUCUGGUAAUAUCAACUAAGUUGAAAUUAUAAAUUGGCCACCGUAAAGAGUUCAAAAGCUGACGUUUCGAGCGUUAGCCCUUCAUUAGUCUGAUAAUGAGUCGUAUAUUCUCCGGGAAUGCUAUGCAACCGGUGGAGCCCUGUGUGAAAUUAAAAAAACAGCUAUGAUGGGACCACAGCGUUUAUUGCUGCAAAGGGGCAACAUACGUCCUCUGGAUCGCGAACAGUAGUUAUCAUUGCUGACUUCAUUGAAAACUCUUCAUUUUUUUGGAUAGAAUGAGAGGGUCCUUGGAAUUGUAAAUUCCAUUUCAUUUCAUUUUCUGGUUCAUGAAAUAUGAUAAUUUCAUAGAACAGUUUUUAAAUAUCAAAAUAUUGUAUCGGAUUCACAAAUGAUGAUUUACAUGGAGUUAAAACAACGUUUUUUAACGGUAUCAAAUAUCGUCAACAUAAAUCCCGGCGCUAAAAAAUACAUUUGUUUUAUUUUUUAAGAGUUAUAGCGGAGCGCAUAAGUAAGAAAAUACGGUUAUUUUAACAAGAUGAUAAAGUUUGGUCGUGAUGUUAGGCCUUCUCGUUCCACCAUCCGCACAUACCUUUUUUCAUGGCUGCAUCACACUUUGUAUCCACACACACGUGCUAGUCAAUAAAACAAAAAAUUAUUUUUCUGUGUUCCUUCGUGAUAAAGAUAAACAUUUUAGUGACAGAGCUGAAAAGCAGACCUCUCAAGAAAUGUUCGAACCUCAGAUUUUCAAAACCUGAGUUAAAUUUUCGUGUACUCUAUUGAGAAUAACGUGAGAAGUUUCGGCUCCCUCAUGUUUUUGUGAUCACCAAUGCAAGGAUUUGAGUUCAUUGAUUGGACACCGGGGAAAGAGCGGCAAACUGGGAGACCUAAGAGUCAGCCUUCGUUUGGCUGCAUUAUCGUUAUUAUACAUUUUUAUCAUUCACUGCUGACAUGUCUUGUGACUAUCAUUUGAAUAUACCUAUUAAAUUAUUUCUAAUUCCUUGAUAGGUCAGGAAAGAUUUUCAAGAUUACCCAUCCAAGACAUCCGUGAAUUCCAGGCUCGUACAAUUUAGUAGGCUUGGCUUGGCUUACCAUGGCUUACCUUGAUCUACAGUGGUAAACAUUACAUACUAAAGUAGAGAAAGUAAACAACGAGACUGACAGUGAACAUUAACUCUGCCGGAAAGCACGUUGAAAUCUUUUCUAAAGAUUAAAAUAAAUUAUAAUUGAAAUAAAUAAUAAUUGAAAUAAAUAAUAUCAAGUGUCAGUAGUAGCAAGGAAUAUAUCUUUGCACUUUUAUUUUUAUUUUUUAUUUACACUUGACAUCGCAGCCGCUGUAGAUAUUAAUUAAAUUCAUUUUAAUCAUAACUCGAAGAGAUCGACUUGUUAAUAGGCGACUUCCGUUUAGCCGUUAGUAAGGCUGAUCUAAGGAAAAUUUGUAUAAAAUUGACCCACAAAAUAUGGCGAGGAAUAGGCAUGACAGGUUUGAACAAAUCCAUGCCGAAAACUUUGUUCCUUCUGAUCACGUACAUCAACUAAACUAAACUAAUCAUCUAUUCUUUGCACAAGCUUCUAACUCUGUUGCCGCUUUGAUGGUUUCAUUUGUGAUUAUUUCCUCUGUAUGUGUUAUUAGCAAAUGAAUCUCAGAGAUAUUUUAGUUACCUGGAUUUGUGUUCGAUUGUCAUUUUCAUCCGCAGGUCAAAUGAAAUUUGUUAUUAUUUUGUGUGCCUCCCUUGUUUGUGCGAAGAGCACAAGGUUCGCACUGCAUAAAAUUGCCAACUUCAAUUUUUCAAAUCGUCGAAGAAAUUAAAGAAGAUCCACGUUUCUGGUCUUCGAUUGUUAUCAGAGCAAUAUUCCAUAUUGUCACUGAAGUGAAUACACUGAAACUUUCUAUUCAUAUAGCUGCAACUCUGUUUAUCAUUUGAAUCCCAUCACUUUGAUUGAAAAAACAUGUAUCAUGACCAGGAGGAGGUUUGAUAUAUUAGACAACUAACGUAGAGCUUAGUUUUGCUCAUGUGAUUGCAGAAAUUGUAUGUUAGUUCAAAUCCAUCUCACAGUCUGUUAUCAUAGUUCUAAUUGCAGUAGAAAUACAUCGUCUACCUCCGCGAUGCACGUUAAUAAGAACAGACGUGUAUAACGCUUUCAAAAUUGAGAAACGUUCUUAAUCUGACCCCUGCGAUGCAAACACAAUCAGUAAAAAGAAAGCUAGGGAACUAAGCUUGAAUUGACAUUUAGGGUAAACCAACCUUUUUUCUUUGCAGUAGAUCCAGGAGAUACUGGUUUUCCUGAUCGAUUCGACUAACCGAUGUUGGCGUAUGUCAGAAUUAACGAUAAAUACUCGUGUCAACAGACUAAGGUUGGAAUUAAAAUAGUGGUAAGCUAAUUCUCACCUGUCUUGUGACAUCUGGAUAGAUUUCUAGUCCCAUAUCCCUUUCCAUGUAAAUUUAUGCCGUUAAAAUUUCAAUUAGUUAAUACAAAAGUCGCUUAUACGAGCCUGGAAUUGAUCUCCUACACGCUAUAUCAUAAUUGGCUGAAAGCUAAAGUCAUCAACUUCAACUGUAUGCCUUUGUUUACACAACAACGUCACUCGCGGAAAUUGGCAACAUAAAAAAAAACUAUGAUGAAUGACAGUAGGCGCAAUUGGAUUUAUCUGAGGUAUUCUUGUCUGAAUAUUUUAAUGAAAUUUCUAGGCCAUUGGGACAGAGUGAAAGUUCAUGCUCAUGAAAAGAGUUUAAAACACAUUUGUAUUGAUCAAAGUUGAAUUUUUGGCCAUAAACUGUGAGGAAUUUUUUCCAAAAUAAAAACUUAACGAUUUUGUGAAGCACAGCGUCUGAAAUGUUGUUAUUCUCCAAAUUCUACUUAGUUCAAAAUCAUUAGAUGUAUUCAGUUAGUUGAAGACAAAAUAUGGAAAUUAAAAUUGGAUUUUAUGUAUGCCAGCGAGAUCUCGGGAGACCCUUCCUAAAAUAUUAAUUUGCGUAAACAAAUUGAUCCAUUUAAAGGAAAGAACUCAAAAUUAGAGUCUAAAUCGAACUGAAAGGUACACGAAAGCAUAUCAUGCUCAAAUAAAUUCACCCCGGCAUCGUUUCGUACCUCUUUCCCAGUAACUGUUUAGAAUUCAUACAAAUCAAUGUAUUUGUAGAGAUAUCAAUCUUGUCAAAGUUUAUUUGCAGAAUUUCCACAAUUAACAAAAGUACCUUUUCGAUCGUUCGAACGCAUUUGUUGAUCUUCUAAUAACAGAUCUUACCUUCCCGUGAUAACAAAUGCGAUAUACACCCUGUGCUAUGAGAAAAUGAUGCAUAAACUUGAUUGAUUCACAGCUUGCAGGACUCCACAAAGUAAAAACUUGCAAAUUUUGUUAAGUGAGGACAUGAAAGGACAGUAUGGAUAAAGUCAAAAUGUCCUUCCCUUGAUACUUUUUUAUAUGAAAGAUAGGGGGUCAUUUCUCGAUUUGAACGAAAAUAGAAGAAUGGAAUUCAGCUUCCUCUGAACUCCCCAGUCUGUGUGUGUCGCCGUCAAUUGUGUGAUACAUCGAAAUCGCCAAGAACUGUAGCACGGGAAUUUACAUGGAAGGUCUCGAAAGUUGCGAUACUUUGCGCGAAAGGAAAUUUGUUAGCCUCCUUUAAUUUCGGACGAUUUACCAAAAGUCGUUUCCAUUCCGACAUAGUUGGUUCAUGGGCUGAAAGGAGAGACAAAGAAACGGAGAUUAUAGGAAACACAAAUCAAAAUGGAUGGCAUUUUUGGAACACUAAUUUCAUAAAAAUGCCAAAGAAAGAGUCGCAGUUAAGGUACUUUAUUGCAGAAAAUCAUUCUCCUGGAUCAGAAUUUUUAGGAAAAAUGAUAUAAACCAAGACUUACAACACCAUUCAGGAUUUUAUCGAAUUAUUCUGCCUUCCUUAUUCGAGUAAUGUGAUAAUUAAUCUCGAACUUUUACUACCAGGGAAAAAUGACUUACAAUUUCAGUAGUUCCAUUCCCAAUUACUCAAUAUUACUUUCAAAACAACCUUUGAGAUGGUCUAUUAACCCUUCGUUCUUUUGUUUUGUUUAUACCUUUUUGAAAGCAUCUUGCUUAUCAAGGAUGAUUAGACAUGUGGAAAUAUAACUUACAAGAUUAGCUGAACAAGAUUAGCCACACUAUGUAUAGUUUAAAUGAAUUAUAUCCCUUGCCAUAUUCAAGCAGAAGGAAAAUUACUUUAAAACCCUUACUACAUGCGAAAAAAAUAAUCCACAAUUUUAACACUUUCAAACACCCAAUUAUAAUCCUCGCAAAAAAAAAUUCGCGAUGAAAGCAGAACAGAACCAUUUUAUCAUCAUUUCUUUUGUUUUUUUUUGGACCUUUGUUAAGACCCCGGCUGAUCAGAGAUUACUGUAUGUGUCAAUUGCUGAGCCAAAUAAUACAACUGUUAGCGUCUGAGAAAAUCACCUCUUAGAAAAAACAAGAGUAAUUAAAUUUAGAGUCAAGGAUGGCUUGAUUGUCUCAAAGGCUAUCUUUUACCUUCUUCAGCUUUUUUCAGAAAUUACUGUUGCAUUGUGCCAUGUUGAUAUAUUUCUUCAAGCUGAUGACAAUCCCUGCCAGAGUUUGUUGUCAGAAGCUGUAAUUGCUAUCGCUCUUUGAUGCAAAUACCAAUUUACCCUUGAGCCUCUGAAGUGGUCUUUUUCGAUUUAUUUUCAGUUCUCCCACAAAGAAAAAUGUUUUCCAUCUUCGCCAGCAAGUUGCAGUGAAAUUUAACCAGUUUUCGUGUGUGUGUACCCACGAAUAGCACAGUAUUCAUCUCACUCAGAGAAUAACGUUUUUUAACUAGCAAGGUUAUAAAUCAUCUGUGUGACGUAUACGGAAAAAUGUCUUCAAACUUGAGUGGAAUAUCACAUGGUACUCAUAGUUUCUUACAGCCAUUGGACUAUUUCAAUCCUACAACAGGAAAAAUCGCUAGAGCUUUUGCUUAGUGGCUGAUACAUGUUGUUUCAGUAUGUUAAGUAUGAUCCGCUUUAAUUGAUUUAUAUCUUAUCACAGAUUGUAUGAUGUUUAAUUUGAAAUAGGUAAGACUUUCAAUCAAACGCGCUCGCACUUCAUUACGUAACUCGCUCGCAUUUGAUUUUAAUUAAUAACUUGUUUUCUAUUUUCGUAUCGAUACACGGUCAGCGUAUACCCAUAAGACAUUUGAGGUUUAGCUAUGUUUCAUGCACGAGGCUCAUUCUUCAGGUACAAUAGAUUUAUAUCAUUUGUAUUUUAAUUUCCUUUUGAUUUCAAAUUAGUUAUUUCUGUCUUCGUUUAGUUUCUAUUUCAUUUUGUAACGUUUAUAUGGCAACGCCACGCCUCAAAUGUUAGCGGAAUGUCGUCGCGGAUAAUGCCAAAUUAAAGUUAUCAUUGUCUUUCAGGAUAAUUAAAUAUUAUAGGAUUCCUUGUGUCGGAAUCGUGCGUUUGUUUGUACCACGGUAGUUGGAAAUACAUUCAUCACCAUCACUGUGCACAAGACGAAGAGUACGAGGAAACCCACCAACUUUUUAUCUUAAAAAACUAAUGGUCAUGUCUGAUCUGCUGAUCCCAUUUUUCUAUUCCCGCACAUUUUAACAGUAAUGUUCAACGAAUCCUGGUCGAUCGGUGAUUCUCUUGGCCAGACCUGGCUUAAGUCAGUACACUUGAAAACAAAACAAAACAAAAAAAAAAUAGCGCUCAUACAUUAAACCAUUACCUUUUUAGACACAAUAUCACCCGCCUUUGCCAAACCUCAAGAAUAUACAGAUGGCAAACGAAAGUCAUUUUAAGAUAUCCUGAUAACAGCUAAGCUUUCAGGUCAGAAGAUUUAAAAAUGCAAGCGAAUUGCAGGAGUCGAACAAGUCUAUCAACGCCUUUUAACGAUCGACUACCUUUUGCUUUCCGGCUUACCCAGCGUGUCGCCGUAUGCAUUGUAGAGUCAUUCAUCGGUCAAGUGACUCCUUUCAUUACUCUUAUUCAACUGUCCUUCAUUCAAUGAUCAACAUAGUAGAUUUACCAUACAGCACUUACGAUUAGUUAAUUUGCUUUUACUUAGGAAAGGAGAUUUACUACACAAUUGAUUAUACAACAGUAACGGUGUGUAACGCAACAACAGGCCUUAGGGUCUAAUCAUCGAUCUCAAACACCAGCACGUAAAAUGCUAGAAACAUAUGUACCGCUAGAGAGCGUUUGGUCAGAGCUGUUGAAGAAGGAUCAAAGCGGCCAUCCAAAUCUUUGAAAGGCUCCAAACCACGACAUGCAUCAACUUUGACCGGCCUUCUCGAAAACCGGUCUCAAAUUACACGCUAAAAAAACGAUGAUUGCGUUUGUCCUUGAGCACCAUAGAAUACGCGACAAAUACGCACAAAAAAUACUUUUACAUAUUCAGAAUAAAUCAAAUUACAUUUCACUAAGGUGACAAAAAACAGGAACGGCCUAACUUUUACGGAAAGAUCAGUCAAAAUCUGCCGAUUUCUCCUACUUUCACCGCCAUAUUGAAAAUGAAGCUAACACAAUGCAAAGCAAUCGGAGUGCGCACACCAUCUAAUUUUCGCCAUAUUACGCAAAAACGAAAAUUCCGGAACACCCACACUUCUUCCUAGAAACCAUACAAAUGUAAUGUUAAGACACUUAAUAAAUUUACUUUCAAAGCUUAUUGAAGUAGAGACUUUUAAAGAUAUUUUCUUCCAAAAUCUGAUAUCUCCAUAUUCUAUACAGGGUAUCCACUAGUUAACCAUUCUGUCACUUUGAAUUAACAGUUGGUUCUUUCUUAGCGUGCGCUCAUGGCCGAUAAACGGGAGUUUUAGACAGCGACAGAGAAGUUGCUCGAGGCGUCGUUUCAAAACUUCCCACGGCACGCGCUCCAUAUCUCCAUUAACGCACGUAUGAACAAAUUGUUUUAAAACAACGUAAACGCAGUUGUUUGGAUAUUGUUUUCUUGCAGUUUAAAACUUUUGGGAAAAGACGGCGCUCCAUAAAUGUAAAAUAAAUCGAAUUUUUUACUAAAAAAUACUCUACGGAAAUAAAGGUUUAACAACUUGCUCUUAAACUAAAACAAAUAAUAGUUUUAGCCAAAAUGUACUUUUGAGUAUUUUAAAAUCUUAUCGCCAAGUAGUCUUUACUAUUUUUAUCUAACAUUUAGAUCAAUGGAGAAUGGAAUCAUUUAGUGGCACUUUGAAAAAUUCUGACUGCCGGCCAUUUGGUCCGUGCCCGGCAAUCUGAUCAGAAGCGUACAAAGUGUCGACAACCGGGCGAUAUUAUAGGCUGCACAACACGGAGAAUUUGUCCACUUAAAAGCCAAAUUAAUCUUUGACAUUUUAAAAUAAACAUCUGAUAAUCUGAACAAGUUUGAAAGAACCUUUCGGUGGAAAUUCUGUCAAAAUUUUCUGACUGCCAGACAUUUCGUCUCUUUUAGAACGCAAGUAAUUUAGUGUUAACAACAGAGUUGAAAACUUAAAUGGGUCACCGUAAAGGGUGAAAAAGCUGACGCUUCGAGCGUUAGCCCUUUGUCAUAGAGAGAGAAUUCUGAAUUUUUUCGCUCAUAAAUGGUAUAUUUAGUUUUUCUUUAUAAAAAAUGUGAGAUAAAAAUAUUAGAGAAUACUCGAAGAUCAGAUUUCAAAAUACUUAAAAGUACAUUUUGGCUAAAACUAUCAUUUUUUCUAGUUUUAGAAUACGCUGUCUCGUUCUAAAAUAGACGAAAUAUCUGGCAGUCGACACUUUGUACGCUUCUGAUCAGAUUGCCGGGCACGGACUAAAUGGCCGGCAGUCAGAAUUUUUCAAAGUGCCACUUAAUGGUUCCAUUCUCCAUUGAUCUAAAUGUUGGAUAAAAAUAGUAAAGACUACUUGGCGAUAAGAUUUUAAAAUACUCAAAAGUACAUUUUGGCUAAAACUAUUAUUUGUUUUAGUUUAAGAGCAAGUUGUUAAACCUUUAUUUCCGUAGAGUAUUUUUUAGUAAAAAAUUCGAUUUAUUUUACAUUUAUGGAGCGCCGUCUUUUCCCAAAAGUUUUAAACUGCAAGAAAACAAUAUCCAAACAACUGCGUUUACGUUGUUUUAAAACAAUUUGUUCAUACGUGCGUUAAUGGAGAUAUGGAGCGCGUGCCGUGGGAAGUUUUGAAACGACGCCUCGAGCAACUUCUCUGUCGCUGUCUAAAACUCCCGUUUAUCGGCCAUGAGCGCACGCUAAGAAAGAACCAACUGUUAAUUCAAAGUGACAGAAUGGUUAACUAGUGGAUACCCUGUAUAGAAUAUGGAGAUAUCAGAUUUUGGAAGAAAAUAUCUUUAAAAGUCUCUACUUCAAUAAGCUUUGAAAGUAAAUUUAUUAAGUGUCUUAACAUUACAUUUGUAUGGUUUCUAGGAAGAAGUGUGGGUGUUCCGGAAUUUUCGUUUUUGCGUAAUAUGGCGAAAAUUAGAUGGUGUGCGCACUCCGAUUGCUUUGCAUUGUGUUAGCUUCAUUUUCAAUAUGGCGGUGAAAGUAGGAGAAAUCGGCAGAUUUUGACUGAUCUUUCCGUAAAAGUUAGGCCGUUCCUGUUUUUUGUCACCUUAGUAAAAUGUAAUUUGAUUUAUUCUGAAUAUGUAAAAGUAUUUUUUGUGCGUAUUUGUCGCGUAUUCUAUGGUGCUCAAGGACAAACGCAAUCACCGUUUUUUAGCAUGUAAUUUAAGACCGGUUUUCGAGAAGGCCGGUCAAAGUUGAUGCAUGUCGUAGUUUGGAGCAAAUAUAUAUAUACUCUCCUACCGACGCAGCACCCCAGUUUCUUUAGAAACUUACCUCCUUUAUUUAUCUUAGAACGCGCCUGGUUGCAGGGCAUUUAGAGACAGCGUAUUCUGAAACUAGAAAAAGCUUUAGCCAAAAUGUACUUUUAAGUAUUUUGAAAUCUGAUCUUCGAGUAUUCUCUAAUAUUUUUAUCUAACAUUUUUAUCAAAAUGGUAGAAAAAAAUUAUUAUACAAUACUUAGCGAUCAGAUUACAAAAUCGGUUUGCACAUUUGAGGUUUGACAGAAUACCACUUGCUAAUCGAAAACUAUGACUAUGAGGCGAGACAAAUAUUACAAUUAAAUAUUUUGUGAAAAAGCUUUAUUUAAACAAAAAAUAAAUAUACCAUUCACAAGCGAAAAAUGUCAGAAUUCUUUGCGUUUAAGCGACCCGCGUAAGAGAUUCGCCAUGCUUGAGGCAUUGUCUACUUUGUAGACGUGUCGUGGUCUAAAAUAACCAUUCGAGACCAGUUGAUUGGCAUGCCCACACAUGUCUAUCUCUAGUGACUAUAUAAGCAUGUACUUCAUAGUUCAUUUAGUAGCAUGCGCGACACAAAUCAGGGAGAGGUCAGUAAAAAGUAUUCAAAGAGAAUCAAAUUGUAAGAGUCGAAGAAAUUCACCAGAGUUCCACAGACUGAGGUAAAAUUUAAUGCAAGUAGGAUUGAUUGUGUAUUAGAGAACCAAGAAAGGCAGAUCGAGAGUACUUGGUGCCUUUCGCUGGGUAUGGUGGGCUUGGCAGCGCAUAGUUUUCUAAGUGCGACAACAUUAUUCUGAACUCUUCAGUAACGUGGUUUUUUGCUCAGGUAAUGUAAUGUUCGCAACAUCAUUAGUAUGAAAAUAGUAGCCACCAUCGACCGUGUAUUUGCUUCCCACAAUUUAGGAAAUACUUAAAGACUGAAGUGGUUAGGAUUUUGAGACAAAUUUAUGAUAAAUUCAACAGAAACAUUGAUACCAGUGAUAAGGUUUUUUUUGUCUGCGGUAAAGAACUGCCGGCUUGAAGUGAAGAUUAGCUUAAUUGUUUUAUAAAGGACAUUCAACUCUUUAAAAACAUGUUUUGACAGUUCUUCUGUCAUCUUCAGUUCUGAAUAAUACAAUAUGGCAGCUCUGUUAUUUACUGUUCUUUCUAGAUUCCUUGACCUGGCUAAUUCAUGUACACUCUGACACAGAGUCUGUCAUGUGACCCUUUAAUAUAAAAGCCACCUGAUCGUUAUGAAGGUUAUUCAAGGUCUUUCCACUUAAGAGUACGCCACACUCUUAACUGACAAAUUCUUAACCGGAAAUUUUGUCUUUGAUGGGUGUACCGUGGCGGUAGUGGUAUUCCUACCUGCACUUAACUCAUAUUGCGUUAUAAUAACAAACAAAUACUGCGAUAAAAAUGCGUGCCUACGGUUCCACCCACCCAAAAUUGUCAGGCCAACGAACUUGAUGUCAAUCAUUCAUGACCAAAUAUAGUCAAAACAUGAGAUUAGUCAACCUACUCUGCGCAGUGAAACAAGGAUUUUGAUUGAUUAACACAAGCAGCUGUGACCGCAUGGGUCUGAAGCUGCUCGCUUGUAUACAUUUCUAGAUCAGGUAUACACAGUUUUAGUUCAGCUACAAGACUCUCAAACUUCGCAACCUCAAGACAGCUGUGCACCCAUGAACAGAUUUAAGACCAUCACUCCACAAGCUUAUUGAAGCAAAGAUAUAAAAAACCGUUGGUUCAAACAAUUUCUUUUCAUGAUAUUUUCUUCCAACAUCUGAUAUCUCCAUUUUCUAUACAGGGUAUCCACUAGUUAACCAUACUGUCACUUUGAAUUAACAAUUGGUUCAUACUUUAGCAUGUGCUCUGAUCUUCGAGUAUUCCUUAAUAUUUUUAACUGACAUUGUUAUCAAAGUGGUAGAAAGAUCUAAUUAGUCUAAUUAAUCUAAUUAGAUCGAAAAACUAAAUAUACCAUUUAUGAGCGAAAAAUGUCAGAAUUCUUUGCGUGUAAGCGACCCGCGUAAUAGAUUCGCCAUGCUUGAGUUAUUUUCUACUUUCUAGACGUCGUGGUCUAAAAUAACCAUUCAAGGCCAGUUGAUUGGCAUGCCCACACAUGUCUAUCUAUAGUGACUAUAUAAGCAUGUAAUUCAUAGUUCAUUUAGUAGCAUGCGCAGCACAAAUCAGGGAGAGGUCAGUAAAAAGUAUUCAGAGAGAAUCAAAUUGUAAGAGUCGAAGAAAUUAACCAGAGUUCCACAGACUGGGGUAAAAUUGGAUGUAAGUAGAACCGAGAAAGGCAGAUCGAGAGUACUUAGUGCCUUUCGCUGAGUAUGGUGGGCUUCACAGCGCAUAGUUUCCUCCUUAAGUGCGACCCAAGAUUAUUCUAAACUCUUCAGUAACGUGGUUUUUUGCUCAGGUAAUGUAAUGUUCGCAACAUUAUUAGUAUGAAAACAGUUGCCUUGAAACUGUAAUUUCGAUGAACAUUUAAAAUUUACAUUGGACUCUUCCAUUCCAAAGUAUUGUGAAGCAUUGAAGACGAGUGAAAGCGAAUGCAAUGAAGUUCUCUUAGUUUUUCCGAUGAUACAUGGUUUUUUGCCGCAGAUAAAUGGUAACCAGAAAUUAGUGUUGUAUGGUGAACAGCUUGUUCUUGAUUCAUUCCAUUGUAUGGUUUUUGUUCUGAUUGUCAUGUUUUGUUUACCUAUAAAAUGUAACACCAUCGACCGUGUAUUUGCUUCCCACAAUUUCGGAAAUAAUAUAAGAAGUGGUUAGGAUUUUGAGGCAAAUUUAUGAUAAAUUCAACAGAAACAUCGAGACUAAUGAUACUGUUUGCUUUGUCUGCCGUAGAGAACUGCACUUGACAUGAAGAUUAGAACACUACUGAACUAGCAGUUGAAAGUAAGACCUGAAAAAGUUCAGGCCAGUACGGGAUUUGAACCCAUGACCUCUGCGUUACCGGUGCAGCGCUCUACCAACUGAGCUAACAAGCCAACUGGGACUUGGUUAAUAUGCUGGGUUCAAAUAAACCAUCCAAGUGAUGAAUAAUGAUAUUAGAUAUAUGAAAUUCAUAUAUUUGCACUGCGGUGAAGAGACGAAUAUAAGAGAUUCUCGCAGCUAAGAACACUGCUGGAUUAGUAGUUGAAAGUAAGACCUGAAAAACAUUCAGGCCUGUACGGGUCAACAUAUUGACCAGCUGCUAGUUGGCUUUGUUAUCUCAGUUGGUAGAGCGCUGCACCGGUAUCGCAAAGGUCCUGGGUUCAAAUCCCGCACGUACCUGAAUUUUUUGCACUGGUAUCGCAGAGGUCCUAGGUUCAAAUCCCGUUCUGGUCUGAAUUUUUUUCAGGUCUUAUUACAACUACUAGCUCAGUAGUGUUCUUAGCUGCGAGGACCUCUUAUAUUCGUCUCUUCACCGCAGUGCAAAUAUAUGAAUUUCAUAUAUCUAAAAUCAUUGUUGUAUCUAAUAUUAGUGAUCAUUCCUUGCAAUUUUGCAUCUUAAAAUCUGUGAAGGAUAAAGUAAAGGUUAACAAAUUUAAAGUGCGAAACUUCUCACAGUUUUCUGCUGAUUGUUUCAAUGCCGAACUUUCCCAAGUUGACUGGAAUGCUAUUGUUGAAAGGAAAUCGUGUGAUGUGAAUGAUUUGUUCUCUUCUUUUUAUAACAAGUUUAAUAAGCUUGUCAACAAACAAGCACCUAUGAAGACAAUUUCAAAUCGUAAAGCAAAACAGCUCUCCAAACCAUGGAUAACUCAAGGCUUACGCACCUCCAUUGAGAUUAAAAACAAAUUAUAUGCAUCUGGUGAUGUCUCUAAGUACAGAACUUGUAGAAACAAAAUUUGUAGCCGAACACGUAAGUAAACAACAAUACCAUUUAAAUUUUUUUGACUCUAACUUGACUAAUAUGAAAAAAACGUGGAAAGGAAUUACCGUAAUUUCCGUCCAUUUUCCCAGCACGGCAGAUUACCCGCAUCGGUCAAUUUUUGCAAUAACGAGAAAAACAUUUCAAAAGAUUACCCGCGCUGCCAGAUGACUCGCACCCCAAAAACAAAAGAAAAUCGUCGACUCGCACAAAGUUCCUUCAUUGUUUUUGUUGACAUGAUAUCCUUAGGCGUGCAAUUAAUAAAUUUUCACACUUUUUGUCUUCGCUGUUCACUGAGAAUGAUAACACUUCUAAAAAUCUGUUGUAACAAAAUCGAUAUCUCGAGAUUUUUAGUUGAAGAAAUCCCUUGAAAGGCAAUGCUAGAUAAGAAAUUUCACUGAUGCUUCGAAAAGUCUGUCGCAUCAUUAAUUAUGCGGCGCCACGAAAUGAACAUGUCAGCAUCAUUUUUCGUGUGAAUUGCCCUGAAGCCAGCUUUUUCAAAAUUAAAUUCUUUUAUUUUCAAGUUCACUUCACGUGUAAGUGAGAAUUGUUUUUUGAAAUUAAAAAGAAGCAAGCUGUGAAAUUGACCAGGUAAGAAAGUAAGAGUACAAAAAAGGUAAAAGCUUUGUUUUCGAGUUUUGUAUGUUUUCGAUUUGCAUCGGCUUUCACCGAGAGCAUUAAGAACAAGUCUCUGUAAGAAUCAAACAUCUUGGGAAAUGAAAAUUUUCAACCCCCCUUCAAAUUUUGCAUGCAGUUAGGCACUCAGGGGGGAUGCACAAAAAUACCCUUUUUAAAGGAUGCAGCACUCUUGUUGCCAUGGUAACAACGACUGCUUGUUCCAGGCCUGGGGCCUCAUUUUCAUACAAAACGUCGCAAAAAAGAGUGAAAUGUUUAUUUCUCUAUCUCAAGCUAAAUACAACAUUAUAAAUUGGCACUUCUACCAUAAAUAGUAACAUCAUUCGUCUUCACUUUGAUACAUUUUAUUUCCCCUGGGAUUGAAUGUGAACACGGUAAUAGAUUAUUUAUCUCGGUACAGUUUCGGUCAUUUUUGUUGUCGGGUAAAACUGGGAAAACGUUUAUCUGAAUUUCUCCAAAAGUACACACCUAUCUUGUUAUAAUAUUCUAGUUUUUAAAUAUGUAAAACUCUCUGCGAGCCUGCCUCUACUUUUUAUAGGGGCAAUGCGCGAAAAAAGGUCCAAAUCAGAUAUUGCAUAAUUUGGCGAUGUUCACAUCUAAUGUUCUCAACAACAAACGUUUCAGACAAAUGAAACAUGUGAGGCUAUGAAAGAAUGUUAUCUUAUGAGCAAUAUCCCGAAGAGCAAUCUCACCUCUAGUUUUCAUCUUUUGGAAAAAAUUGAUCAACCUUCUUGGAGGACAACUCGACGUAACUACAAACAUAUACCUCAAAUCGCGUGCAUUUCAUCCAGAUUCAGAGCGCUGCACCUUUUUUCAUGGGAAUUUGAGCGAUCUGAAGUCCUCUGAAGAUACACUGUUAUACUUGUAUGUCAUUUGAAACAUGUCGAAGUCGAGUGAUCUACACAAAACUAUCUUCACACCGGUCAUUUGUCAUAAACAUGUACGUUGUCACGAUGGCGUGAAGCUGUAUUUCUCCGUGAAGAUUCCAUCGGUCGCUCCAAAGAAGACGACAAAUAGAUAUUUUUCAUAUAUGUCAGAAGAUUUCCACUUUCUGAAGUAAAAACAACCAAAAAAAAAAAGAGGAAAACUUCGAUUGAACGGUCGUAAACACUGAGAAUCUGAGAGCGUAAAUCGUAACUUGUCAGCGGCAGUACUACAUGUCAAACCCAGUUGCAAGCAAUUUGAACGACAUAGGCAUCCCCUUACAAAUAGCAGAUUCGGGCAGUUUUCAUUUCCUUGUGACAGUAAAUAAGAUAUUUCGAAUCAUCUGAAAACUGUCAGAAAACUGUUAGAAAAUUUGCAUAAGAUAUGAUGAGGAGAGACUUAUCACCGACGCAGUGCAAUCGAGUCAAUCAAUGUUUCCUUCCAUGUCUUGAAAGAGAAAAAAUCAUAACAAAGUUUGAAAUAAAAGAAUUAAUGAAAUCAUAAUGUCAUAAUUCCACAUUUCAAACAACUUAUUAUCCACACGUAAAUCGCAACUUGUCACUUAAACGAAACUCUCCAUGGUUAAUAUGAAAUAUGGAUUGCUUCAUGUCCUUCAGGAAAAAGAACAGCGAUUUCGUCACCAUUAUUUUCCAUACUUUUCUCCCGGAUAUCUUUUACAAGCUUAAAGAAAGAUGAAUAUAAUGCAAUCUCCCAGUGAUUUACACGAGAGGAAGUCAAAGGUCUCUUUAAUUUCCCCCUGAUGUUCACUCCAUCUCAAUGUGGCUUUCGCAAGGCACAUUCUACUCAGCAUGCAAUCCUUGAUAUUGUGAAUGCAAUACAGACAAAUAUGAACAACCGUUUAUUCUCGUGCGGGAUUUUCAUUGAUCCGAAAAAGGCUUUUGAUACUGUAGAUCACGAAAUUCUUUUGCGCAAGUUAGAUCACUAUGUUUUCACGGCAUUAUACACAUCUAAUUUCCUUCCUACUUGCAAGGGCGAACUCAAACAACUCAAAUUGGUCCUCAUAUUUCUGAAAGGUUAGAUUCUACCUGUGCCUCAGGGUUCUGUUCUAGGCCCACUACUUUUUUUGUUAUAUAUCAAUGACAUACAGGAAUCGUCAGAUAAGCUUAGUUUUUACCUUUUUGCGGAUGAUACAAAUUAUAUUUUGCCCUGCCCAAAGGAAACUUUCUUAUCAACCUAAAAUCGUGAUAUUUGAUAACAAACAGAACAAGAAAGUGGCUCUGGAGCAUAAAGAUUAUGUCAAAUAUCUCGGGAUUUUAAUUGAUAAAAAUUUGUCUUGGAAACGCCAUAUUGACCAUAUAAUCAUUAAAGUAAGCAGAACCGUAGGAUUAAUCGCAAAAUUACGACACUUUCUUCCAACGCAUACCCUCUUAAAUAUAUACCAAGCUCUUAUGGCUCCUUACUUAACAUACGGUCUGACAGUAUGGGGUCAGGCUUGAAAAUCUUACCUUGACAAGCUCCUAAAGUUACAGAAACGAGCUGUUCGCUUUAUCUAUUUUUCUGAUCAUAAUGAGAAUGCAAUUCCUUUAUUUGAUAACGCUCAUAUCUUAACGCUAAAAUUUGUUCAUUAUGAAUCUAUAGCUAAUUUGAUGCUUGACGUUCGAAACAGAACAGCUCCAUCCAAUAUUCAAGAUUUAUUUCAAGAUAUAUAUAAUGUUCAUUCUUACAAUACACGUUCUUCUGCCUCUAAUAACUUCUAUACCAAACCUUCUAGGCUAUUCAUUCAAGCGAAUUCCUUCUCUCGAAUAGGAGUAAAAGUGUGGAAUGCAAUACCUCAAGCAUUAAGAAAUCUUUCCAAAAAUGCGUUAAAAAAAAACACUCAAACAAAUUUUAUUCAACAUAUUAGGUUCACAAGACUCUUAUAUAGAUUUAUCUGAGAUUAAACAAAAUGUAAAAUCCUGGUAAUACUUCUCCUGAUCGGUCCUGACUAUCUUUAUAAACAGUAGCUGUACCUGUAAUAUUUUAAAUUAGGUCAAUGUAACGGUUUUUCUUGUUGUUAUUCAAUACUGUCUCUUUCCCUUCUACUUUAUUAGUUAAUUUCUGUUUGUAAUAUCUUUUUGUAAUUCGGCUAUUAAGGCAUGGCCCGCCUAGAUUAGCCUUUGCUAGUUGCGGGCAAGCCCUUUUCUGUAAAAUUUAAUCGUAAAUUAAUUAAGCGGCGUGUUUGUGUGAAGUGUGUGUGUGUGUGCUUUCACAACUUUUCAACUUAAAAUUAUAAAAGCUAUUCACACUCAGUAGGAGAAACCUACACUUAAUCAUUAACUUUAUCAUGUUAAUUUAAAACUUUCCUUGUAAAUGCAUACAUUGUUCUGUUACUAUCGUUUGUUACUAUCGUCCAAUCAGCAUUUUGUUACACACUUUAAAUUCAACUUUGUACUUUGUAUUAUUCAGAACAUUCAACUCUGUAAAUCACUGCAGUUAUUCAUUGCUUGUUACCAGUCAGAAGGCUAAGUUAUGAAUUUUUUCAACUUGUUACUCAAAGAACAGCUCGGCUAAGAACGUGGAUGGGAAAUGAAUUGCUUUUGUCAACGUCGUCUUCCAAGGAUCGCUUUGUCAGUCAAUCAUCAACCUUACAGAGUGGCGCAAAAGGCGAGUGACGUGUCAGCGAGUGACGUGUGAAAAAAAUUACCGUAAUUUUACACGUUUGCUGUUAAGGCUCUUCUCAGGGCUUGAAAUCAUUACAAAGCACCGCACUUCAUAUAAUAUAAGCCUUCAUCAGACAAGUGUAUAUGACAUUUUGCAUUUUGUCCCUCAAUAUAGGAUGGAUGAGAAGCAGUUAAAAGCAAGCUUAAUGAAGUAUUUCGGAGAAACAACAGCAAAAGUAACCAAAGAAACAACCGAAGAUGAAAUCAAGCGUAUCUAUGCUGCACGGUCAGCAACAUAUGACGAGGUACUCUAAAAUAGUAACAUAAUAAUAAUAAGGGUCUGGGGGACGAUGUGGCACAUUGCCGUUUGACCCACCGGACAACUGAUGCAUCACUCAGCGUUGCGUUUCUCGAAUGUUCCAGUACUACUGGAAAUGGGCCCAAGGCGACACCAGACUUGUGUCGUCUUUAUCGAACAUCUCUAAUCGUAAUAACCGGCUUGAACUUUCUCAUCUUAUAGGAACAUUCAGCGGCGCGCACUUCAUAUUUCAAGCCACUGGCCGAGUCUUUACAUAAAGCCCUUAAAGAAGUUUACCAGGACAAACCAAUGGAUCAAAUCAAAAUCAUUGACGCUGGAGCUGGGACAGGUCUGAUUGGAGUUGAGCUCAAGAAACUCGGAUACACCAACCUAUGCGCUUUGGACAUCUCAGCUGAGAUGUUAACGGAAGCAAAGAAGAAAGAGAUCUAUACUGAAUUCAUUUGCACGUCUUUGAACGGGCAGCCGAUACCUCAAAUUAAAUCUGGGCAAUUCGAUGCUUUGAUUUGUGGUGGGGCGCUCAUUACAGGACGUAUCAGCUCCUCUGCUUUCGUGGAGAUGAUAAGAAUGGUUCAAACUGGUGGGUCUGAGUAUGAUUUUAGAUUGAGGACCUAACAUGUGAAAUCUUCUCACAAGUUUUUUGCUGGUCUGUUUUUUUUGUUUUUUUUGGAAACUCAAAUCGUGAGAUAGAUCAGGUAAUGAAGACACGUGUAACACCCUUCUUGAUGAAUUCCCUUGACAUCUGGCAUCUGACCCUCAAAUCAUCUGCUGGGGUCAAAUCUUCUCUCUGAAAAUUCGCUUAAAGAAUUUUUUGAUGUAUCAAGAGCACGCCCCCAAGCUGGUCUCUUCAACUUCUCUUUGGAUGAUGUCAUAGGUUAUAGGUUAACCAACUCUUUGAGUUAAAUCUAAUGAAUACAUGGACAAAAAGGAAAAGAAUAAUGAAAAUUUCCUAUGAUAAAACCAGUUACAAGAUCCGCACUAAAUUCCAAUGUUAACUUCUUUGCAGAUGGCGUCCUCUGUUUCAACAUAAUGAAAGAGGAAUUAGAACACUAUCAAGAAAUGAUGACGGAGCUGGAAAAAGCUGGCGAAUGGAUGUGCAUGUGCAAAGAGUCUUCAGCUUUCUAUGCAGCCGAGGACUUGCCCAGUGAAUGCUGGGGGUUCGUUUACAAAGUUUUAAAGAAUUAA